GUCUAUCUCUUCUGUCUUUUGGUUCAUCUUGGCAUCAGACAUAGAGCAGUUCAACAUGAGUCCCUUGCCAUAAACAGCUCCCAAUGCUAAGAACUGGCAAUUUACUACUUUGUUUUCAAUGAUUGGUCAAAAAGAAUCAUCAAGGUACUUCAGGAUCUUUCUGACCGUGAAGAAAGGGAAAAUGAAGGUAUUGUGGUGGCAUCACUUCAGAAGCAAAGCCAAAGUUCUGUGCUGUACAGGUGGUGUCUUCCUGAGUGCAGGAGUCUCGGAGUUGGCAUGGCCGAGGAGCCUUUGGGUAAGCUGGAGCAGGGUCUGUUUCCAGUGUGUGUUGGGGUGGUGGGCACCUCUCUUUUUUCCUUUCAUUUAAAACUCAUCUUUUCGGAUACAUCAUCAAGCCCUCCCCUUGUUAAACUACUAACUCUCUGAGCAGAAUUUUUCUGCCUUACAGUACAGGCUUUUUGCUUGUUUGUUUUUGUUUUUUCAUUUUAGGCAAUACCUGACAGA